AUGUUGGUGAUCUUCAUUUGCGUCCUCCUUUUCUUCAUCUUUUUGUACAGAUUCCUCGUCGCUUAUGGCGAUUUUACUUUGAUGUCUAAGAAGCAACCUAAACGCGAAGAAAUUGAAGAUAAGGUUGUUUGGAUUACUGGUGCUAGCCGUGGAAUUGGAGAGAUUUUGGCGAAACAGCUUGCAAGUUUAGGAGCCAAGCUUAUAAUCUCUGCGAGGAAUGAAGCUGAGCUAAACCGAGUAAGGACACAACUGAAAGGUAGGCAUGCACCUGAUGAAGUCAUGAUUUUACCAUUGGAUUUAUCCUCUGGAGAGGAUUCUCUUAGGGUAGCUGUUGAGAAAGCAGAAUCCUUUUUUCCGGAUUCUGGUGUUGAUUACAUGAUCCAUAAUGCAGCUUUUGAGCGUCCUAAAACAUCAAUUUUAGAUGUAACUGAGGGAGGUCUUAAGGCUACAUUUGAAGUCAAUGUUUUUGGGACAAUAACUCUUACAAAGCUCUUGGCACCUUUCAUGUUGAAGAGGGGACAUGGUCAUUUUGUGGUGAUGAGUAGUGCAGCAGGAAAGACACCUGCCCCGGGUCAGGCUUUAUACUCUGCUUCUAAAUAUGCGCUCAAUGGUUACUUCCAUACCUUGCGUUCAGAGCUCUGUCAGAAAGGAAUUCGGGUAACUGUGGUCUGUCCUGGUCCAAUAGAAACAUCAAAUAACGCUGGAUCGAAGGUUCCAUCUGAGGUUUAUCUUGGAGUAUACAGUAUACUCUCCCUUUGUGUUUUGAUUGUUGCUAUUGUCCCCUUGAACAUGCCAUGUGGUGUUUCUCAACAGAAGCGUGUGUCAGCUGAAAGGUGCGCUGAGCUGACUAUCAUUGCUGCGACCCAUGGCUUAAAGGAAGCUUGGAUAUCAUAUCAGCCUGUGCUUGCUGUCAUGUAUCUCGUUCAGUACAUGCCAGUUGUUGGUUAUUGGCUCAUGGACAAGGUUGGCAAAAAUCGAGUAGAAGCUGCCGAACAAAAGGGAAACACAUAUUCUUUGAGCUUACUGCUUGGAAAAAAGAAGGCCCCUUGA